AUGGCAGAUUAUCAGACAUGUUUCAACCCCGAAUGCCGAGGUUGCUUGGGCUCAAGACGGACCGCUGGUCAGCCAGCUGGACAUGAUGACGCAGAAAUAAACUCUCCCUCUAUUGACAUCAAAUCUGGGUCAUGUGAGGUGGAUGUCACUAAUGAUGCUCACACUCUGAUUGGUGAGUCACAUCAAGAAUUACUUUUAUUAUCAGAAAUGAUUUUAGAUUUUUCUAGAAAGUAUGAUAUAAGGUCUUGGAUUCUCUUUCCUGGACAUUACUGUCAGUUGUCUUUCUGCUACUUUCAGCCCUGGAUAUAACACUAACUCUGGGUUCUGAAAGUCAGCAAAUUGACUCCUAAAUACGGGGAAGAGGAGGAAACUUCUCAGUUGUUUUUAGCAUGAGAUAUAUGUUAUGAGUCAAUCAAAUUCAGCUUAAAAAAUUUCAACCUAAUAUGAUAGGUUGAUUCUCAAUUUCCUUUGUCUUCAAACCCUAAGUCAUGAAUAAUUGGCGCUAGGAGACAAAGGAAACAGAUAAUAAACCUAGAUAAAAAAAUUUAACCUGAACUUAAUUUUGACAUGUAUCAUGUAUACAUGAUCAUCAAAGAAAAAAGAAAGUCAACUUUAAAAGAUGCACAGUUUAUAUUUUUUCCAUCCUUGGUUUUAUAAUUAUGUAUAGCCCCAUUGGGAAAAUAGAGUUUUAUCCCCACUUAACACCCUUUACGCUUCUGAGACAGCAGUCACCAGAGUAUUUCAUUCAGGAAUAAACACACAAAAACAUACCAACACCAUUUCCAAAGGUUACAUAGAACAUUUUUUAUUACUUGCAAACUUAAUCGAAAAACAAUAACAUUCAAGUUUGACUUGGAUAUUUCAAUGUUGCAAUUAAGACCACUCAGUUUAAUUAAUAAUUAAUAACUUAUUAAUAUAACACAUAUUUACUAUUCAAAAUAUGUCUUGUUUUCUACAUUAAAAAAUAAUGAAAGCAUAGACUCAUUGCUUGAGAACAUCUAAUUGCCAGUAUUCUUAGCAGCCACCUUAAAUGUUGGAUUUUGUUUGCUGCAGGUGAAGUUCAAGGAUCUGUGAUAGACAGGAAAUGUAGCAAAAAUAACAUCAGUGCUGAGGAAAAUAAAAUGCAAAUUUAUUCAGGUACAUUUUUUAUCAAUACCAAUCAUGAAUUUUGCUGAAUCAAAAGCAAAAAGUCUUAAAAGCAAUGCCUAUAAUCCUUACUAGUAGGGGAAUUCCGGUGUAAAAGUGACAGGCCAGGUAUUAUUUUGGGUGCCUUGAAUUAGCCAAGGAUUUUUUGGGGUAUCUUAAACAACGUUAUUGGCGUAUGGUGGUGCCACACACCUUCUUCUAUUAGUUUUGAUUUAACCUCUUUCAAUUAUCCCUGUCAAUUUAACUGGGGAGCACUCUAUCUGGGUGGUCAUUGGCUUUGUAGUUAAUUGCAUGGAUAUGAUGGGAUCGUCCAUAAGGAUCAGUUAAUGAAUUAACUACAGGCAACAUAACCUACAAUCACACAUGUUAAUAGGAAGAAGUGACGCCACUUUACUCAUUUCAUAGUGGGGUCCUCUUCCGUGGAACUUUUUUCAGGUGAAAAUGGACUUGAUGACUUUGAAGAAAGUGACAAGGAAGAUCAAGGGAUUGCUGUCUUGAAAGGUAUAUUUUUUACUUUCAUGAAAUCUGUAUCAUUUUAAAAUUCAAAUCAAAGUAGACAUGUGCAUACAAAACAGAGAAUUAAUACAGAUGUUUAAUGCACCUAUCCAUGUAAAGCCUGAGGGGGGGGGGAAGCUAAAUCUAUAUAUUAAAAAUAAUAAUAAUGGUUUAUUAUCAGAUCUACUGGGUGGCUCUGCCCUGUUAACGUACAUCAAUUACAGUUAAAAGAUAAAUUAAAUUAAGUUCUUCACAAACUAUGCAAUAUAUAAUUAAAAGUAGAAGCGGGAUUAACACAAUCGAAAUUACAGUAAAACUAACUGAUCACUCUCUACUCUGUUAUAUAAAAAAAUUCCUUGCAAGUCUUAAAAAGGUUCUGUAAUCUUUACAGGUUCUAAUAGUCUCUUGUAGAUUUUUAAAUAGCUUCGACGCAUUAUCUUGGUAAGUGCCAUUUUUGGUUGCAACCACUACUCUAAUUGAAUUGCUUGCUUGCAUAGUUUAAAGCCAUUACAUAUAUCAUGGAUUUUGAAUCAGUGCUUCAACCAAUCCCAGAGUACAUCCGAUGGGUCACUGACAAAGGGGAAUUACACUAUUUGACUUUAGAGAAAACCACAUAUCUCAUAAGAGAAAACUGCGAGAUUGCAUCUUCAAAUGAUUUAUUCUGGCCAUGGAGAAUCUUUGAUACAUUUUUCAACAUUGACCCGGAACCACUGGAAGAAAUGUUAAAACAACUGUCCAUACUUUCGUGGCUUUCAGUGGAAAGUGCCCACAAGUACCUCAACACACGCAAACGGAAAUUUGAGAAGUCCUUCCGUGAGAACAUGGAGAGGGAAACCUGGAGAAAACAUCUGUUGUAUAAACUGUGUAGCUGA